AUGUCCUCACCUGUCUCUUGUACUGGACUCGAAGAGGCACUUGAAGAACACGUGUCAUCGUAUAAUCUCGAGGACGAUGUUACCGGAGAGGCAGAGGCCCAUGACCCACUUCCAUGGAGCGUCAUUAAGCUUGUUCCUCUUGAAGAGGCUGAAGAUGAAUCCGAACAAUCUGUCGGGAAUGGUGGUACCUCUCCUUUCAAUGGUGGUACUGCGAGCCACGGCACCACUGCCACAAAUGGCAGUGUCGCUGGUUGGAAUGGUGAUAGGCCAGUGAAUAGUCCUGGUUGGAGUGCAGUGCUUGACGCUGCCUCUCGUGGUGUCUCGGAUGGCACAGACAAGGAAUAUUGUCAGUAUUUUCUUUUCACCCAUUCGUCCGAUUUGCACCAAGAGACCUACACUUCUGCAUGUCAGCACAAAGCACCAAAGGAGGGAAUUGGAUGCACGCACUCCCUUGUGUUCUAG